AUGGAGCAGUGAUGAAUAUAAAUCGUGGGAAUCCCUUUCAAAAGGAAGUGGUACUGGAUUCAUGGCCAGACUUCAAAGCUGUUAUCACCAGAAGACAGAGAGAGGCUGAGACAGAUAACCUUGACCAUUACACUAAUGCCUAUGCUGUAUUCUACAAAGAUGUCAGGGCUUACCAACAGUUAUUGGAAGAACAUGAUGUUAUUAACUGGGACCAAGUUUUUCAAAUACAAGGUCUACAGAGUGAGUUAUAUGAUGCUUCCAAAGCUGUUGCCAAUUCGAAGCAAUUGGAUAUAAAGCUGACAUCCUUCAAAGCUGUUCAUUUUUCUCCUGUUUCAUUUCUGCCAGACACCAGUUUCCUAACGGGGUCUUCUCCAAGACUCACCUACCUGAGUGUUGCUGAUGCUGAUCUCCUCAACCGCACUUGGUCAAGGGGCGGCAAUGAGCAGUGUCUCCGGUACAUUACCAAGCUCAUCUCCUGCUUCCCCAGUGUGUGUGUCCGUGAUGACAAGGGAAACCCAGUAUCCUGGUCUAUCACAGACCAGUUUGCCACCAUGUGCCAUGGCUACACCCUGCCCGAUCAUCGCAGGAAAGGUUAUAGCCGGCUGGUGGCCAUCACACUAGCCAGGAAGUUGCAAAGUCGGGGAUUCCCCUCUCAGGGGAAUGUUCUGGAUGACAACGUGGCAUCUAUAAAUCUCCUCAAGAGUGUCCAUGCUGAGUUCUUGCCUUGUCGUUUUCAUAGGCUUAUUCUCACCCCCAUACUUUUCUCUGGCCAAGUUCAUCUUUAGCCCAGGGAUACUGCAGGGAUUCUCUUGCUUUCCCAAACACACUGUAAACUGCCAACAGAGGAGAACUAAACCUAGUGUCAAGAGGUUGGAGAAGAUAUACAGGAUCAUCUGAGAAGCCUUGGCUGUUCUUGCCUCAGGUUUCUACUGUAUAUAACUGUAGCAAUCAGGGGUAUAGCUGUGACUAAGAGCAGAGUUUUCUUUAUCCUUUAGGAUUCACUAUAGGGAAGAAAUUUCUAAAGCCAGCAAUUCUUAGCAUAGAGGCAGAAAUGGUUGCAUGAGAAAAAAUUAUUUAACACAGAAGCAUGUGGCUAGUACUGUAGUAUUGUCGUUUGGGCCUCUGCUCUGUAUUUCACAACCACACCAGUUCCCUAUUCUCAUAAACUCUUUCUCCCUCACUGCUGUGUCUCACCAACCUCUGUUCCACCACCUCUGCUCCAAGUUCUCUUGAGUGUCCUGCAUUUUCCUCUUUAAUAUUUGGCUCUCUGCUUAUGCCUAUGACACUAGUGAAUAGUUCUCCUCUGGGAAUGUUCAAUGCAGUAGUUCUCACAUUUUAGUGUUUAUCAAAAUCACCUGGAGGGCAAGUUGCAACACAGACGGCUGGUUCCUCCUCCACAGUUCCUGAUUCAGUAAGUAUAGGGUCAGGCCUGAGAAUUUGCAUUUCCAAUAGCUUCCCACUUCUCAGUUGCCUUGAAUGGAUGAAAAUAUAGGGAUUGUAAUGCUAUAAACAGAUGGCAAUGUAGGACUAGAACUUACCCAUCCUCUAUCCAGCUCCCUUACUUAUAAUAUGCUUUUUCAUUAAAUAAAAAGAACUUUAUAGGUACAUAUGGGUGUAUACAAAUACCAUAUAAAUAUACAUAGGUAGCUAGAUAGAUACACACACAUACACAUACUGGAAUUUUGAUAAGAUAAUACAAUUUAACCCUCUUAUUACAUAAGAAGAAUUUGAAGUCCAGGGAAAAUAAAUGACUUUGUCAAGAUUAUACACUAUACAAUCAGUGCUGAAGGCAAAGCCAAAACUCUGUAAUUUUGAUUUCAAAUCAUUUGUUUCAUUAA